UCCCGCCGCCUGUCAGUCGGAGCGGAGCGCGGCGCGGCGGCGGCGGCACGGCACCGGCGGCGAGCGGGCGAGAGAGGGAGAGAGAGAGCGAGCGAGGAGCCAGGCUCUCCCCUCCCUCCCUCCCUCCCUCCCUCUCUCUCUCCUUCCCUCCCUUCCUUCCUCCUCUCUCCCUCCCUCCCUCGCUCCUUCCCCUGCUCCCUCCCUCCGUUCUUUCUGCUCCUCUAUCCCCUCAUUCUCGCUCUCCGUCUCACCCACCCCGAUCUCCGUUCCUCUUCCCCUCUUCCUCCGUCACACACGCUUUCCCUCUCCCUGUUUUUCUGUCAUUUGACUUGGCAUCUCGAGGUGGCCACCGACUCCUCAAUGAAUCCCGUCUGUUGAUCUGUCACCCUCCCACCACCCCCGUCCCCUCCCGGCUCCACUCCUGUACCUGGAGCAAGGCAGGGGCGGCCGCCGAGCAGCAUGUCCCGAAGGAAACAGAGCAAACCCAGGCAGAUCAAACGGCCCCUUGAGGAUGCCAUUGAGGAUGAAGAAGAAGAGUGCCUGUCUGAUGAAAAUGAUACUAUCUCAAAAGAAGACUUUCCAUUGGAGGAAAGCUUUUCUGCAGAGUUUGAGCCUGAAAAUCUGAGCUGUGAAGAAGUGGAAUACUUUUGUAAUAAAGGCAAUGAAGAAGGCAUCCAGGAGGCAGCAGAAUCUGAUGGUGAUGCAAGGUCAGAGAAACCAGGGCAGCUUGCUGUGGACCCUGAAGAUUGGGAUGGGCCAGGAGAGUUGGAGGUGGUCCAGAAAGACGGAGAGCGCAAGAUUCAGAGCCGGCAGCAGCUUCCGGUUGGAACAACAUGGGGGCCUUUUGCUGGGAAGAUGGAUCUGAAUAAUAACACCUUGAAGACAAAGGCUUCAGUCCCUAUGGUACUGACUGCUGGCCCCAAGUGGUUGCUGGAUGUGACUUGGCAAGGAGUAGAAGACAACAAAAACAACUGCAUUGUGUACAGCAAAGGAGGGCAGCUUUGGUGUACCACAACCAAGGCCAUCUCAGAGGGUGAAGAGCUGAUUGCCUUUGUUGUAGAUUUUGACUCAAGGCUGCAAGCUGCUAGUCAGAUGACUCUCACAGAAGGGAUGUAUCCUGCACGCCUGCUGGACUCAAUACAAUUGCUCCCUCAACAAGCUGCAAUGGCAUCUAUUUUGCCUACAGCUAUUGUGAACAAGGACAUAUUCCCUUGCAAAUCCUGUGGCAUUUGGUAUCGAAGCGAGCGGAACCUGCAGGCCCAUCUCAUGUAUUACUGCAGUGGGAGACAAAGAGAGGGGCCCCAGAUGUCAGAGGAGAAUGAAGAUAGUGCUCAGCAGAUAUCCAGUGUCUGUCCCUUUCCACAGUGCACCAAAAGCUUUUCUAAUGCAAGAGCUCUGGAAAUGCACCUAAACUCUCACAGUGGAGUGAAAAUGGAAGAAUUUCUCCCGCCUGGUGCUAGUCUGAAAUGCACAGUUUGUACUUACACUGCAGACUCAGUGAUUAACUUUCAUCAGCACCUGUUCUCGCAUCUUACUCAAGCUGCCUUUAGAUGCAAUCAUUGCCAUUUUGGCUUCCAAACUCAGAGGGAGCUACUGCAGCACCAAGAGUUACAUGUCUCUGGCAACAAGAUUCAGAGAGAAAGUGACAUUGAACACUCUCCAAGUAGAAACGAAGAAGGUUUACAGCCAGCAACAGACCUGUUGAGCAGAAAUGAUGUUCCCCAGAGCCAAAAGGCCAUGCAGACUAAAGAUGCAAGUUCUGAUACAGAGCUUGAUAAAUGUGAAAAAAAGGCUCCACUUUUCCUUCCAAACCAGAGGCCUGAAACACAGCCUGCAACCAAUAAGCAGAGUUUUUCAUACACUAAAAUAAAAUCUGAACCAUCCAGUCCAAGACUUGCUUCAUCGCCAGUUCAGCCUAAUAUUGGUCCUUCCUUCCCAAUGGGACCUUUUCUUUCCCAGUUUGCUUUUCCCCAGGACAUCACUGUGGUUCCUCAGGCUUCAGAGAUACUAGCCAAAAUGUCUGAACUGGUCCAUCGAAGACUGAGGCAUGGAAGUAGCAAUUAUCCUCCUGUAAUUUAUAGUCCUUUGAUGCCCAAAGGGGCUACAUGUUUUGAGUGUAACAUAACAUUCAAUAAUUUGGACAACUACUUGGUACACAAAAAGCAUUACUGCAGCAGCCGAUGGCAGCAGAUGGCAAAGUCACCAGAUUUUUCCAGUGUUCCAGAAAAAAUGCCAGAAGCUGUAAGUCCCAGUAACGGUCAAAGCUCUAUAAACAUCCUGAAUGCAGCUCCUCACACAUCAGAUCCAGAGAAUCAGCUUCUGCAGACAUCUUGCAUAAACUCUUCCAAUGUUUUAGAUUUGAUUGGGCCAAACAAUAAAAGUCAUGAGAAAGACUUUACAGUACAAUCUAAGAAGUUGUCAACUGCAAGCAACGGCGAUGAGAAGAUAAAUGGAAAACCUGAUGUGAAGAAUCCCAGUGCUCCUUUAGUAGAAGGAGAGAGUGAUCCUAACAAGACCACGUGUGAAGCUUGUAAUAUUACUUUCAGCAGACAUGAAACGUACAUGGUCCACAAGCAGUAUUACUGUGCCACUCGCCACGAUCCCCCACUGAAGAGGUCCGCUUCCAACAAAGUGCCUGCCAUGCAGAGAACAAUGCGUACCCGGAAGCGAAGGAAGAUGUAUGAGAUGUGUCUCCCAGAGCAAGAGCAAAGGCCACCACUAGUUCAACAGCGAUUUCUAGAAGUGGCUAAUCUUGGCAACCCUUGUACAUCUACUCAAGAGUCAACGGAAGGGCUUGGAGAAUGUUACCAUCCACGAUGUGAUAUCUUUCCAGGAAUAGUCUCGAAGCAUCUGGAAACAUCACUGUCUAUUAACAAGUGCGUUCCAGUUUCAAAGUGUGAUACUCCCCACUCCACUGUGUCUUGCUUGGAGAUGGAUGUGCCAAUAGAUCUCAGUAAAAAAUGCUUACCCCCGUCAGAGCGGACGUCCACUUCUCCCAAAAGGCUGCUGGACUACCAUGAGUGCACAGUAUGCAAGAUCAGUUUUAACAAGGUAGAGAACUACCUGGCUCACAAGCAGAAUUUUUGCCCUGUCACUGCCCAUCAGCGUAAUGACCUGGGACAGCUCGACAGUAAGGUGUUUCAAAACCCAGAAAGUGAAAGAAACAGCCCAGAUGUCAGUUACGAAAGAAGCAUAAUCAAAUGUGAGAAAAAUGGCAACUCGAAACAGUCCUCUCCUAAUGGAAACUUAUUUUCCACACACUUAGCAACACUUCAAGGACUAAAAGUCUUUAGUGAAGCGGCCCAGCUUAUUGCUACAAAAGAAGAAAACAAACAUUUGUUUCUUCCACAAUGCCUUUACCCUGGAGCAAUAAAGAAAGCUAAAGGAGCAGAUCAGCUUUCUCCAUAUUAUGGAAUAAAGCCAAGUGAUUACAUUUCUGGUUCUCUCGUCAUUCACAAUACUGAUUUAGAUCAAAGCACAAAUACGGAAAGUGAAUCUCCGAAAGGCCAGGCGCCUUCGAAUGGCUGUGCUGUGCAGAAGAAAGAGUCUCUUCCGCUACUGCCGAAAAACCGAGGCAUGGUAAUAGUUAAUGGGGGACUAAAACAGGAGGAAAGACCUGCCGCAAACUCACAGCAAGAGAACAUUUCCCAGAAUCCUCCGCAUGAAGAUGGGCACAAGUCUCCUUCUUGGAUCUCUGAGAAUCCCUUAACUGCAAAUGAAAACGUCUCUCCAGCAAUCCCUACAGCAGAGGAACAGUUGUCUAGUAUAGCUAAAGGUGUGAAUGGUUCUACCCAGGCCCCAACCAGUGGAAAGUAUUGCCGACUGUGUGACAUCCAGUUCAACAAUCUUUCAAACUUUAUAACUCAUAAGAAGUUUUAUUGCUCGUCACAUGCAGCAGAACAUGUCAAAUGAAACAACUGGGCCGUCACCUUUGGUACCUGUGUUUAGCAUAUUGUUCCAUACAGUCUAAAGAAAGCUGUUUGAAUUACAUCUGGACAAUCAGGAGAAUUCACUAUUGCUAAGCUGAAGACUUAAAGGUGUAAUUUCAUUACAGUCCAUUAGUAAAGUGUAUUAUUGGUGCCAUUUUCAAAAAUAUUAAUUUAUUUUACCAGCAGUAUUCAUAGCUGUAGUUAUGUUAUUUUUUAUUUAAAAACUUUAUAUUAAAGUCAUUUGUAAUGUUAUUGUAUAGUUAUUGUGUAGCACAUAUGGUUUGCACUGUAUAGUAGAUUUUAAAGAAAAUAGUCACAAACAAUACAGAAAAGCAUUUUAGAAAUAGCUUCAAAAGCACUUGUGUAUCCUGAUUUUUUUUCUUAUAUGCUGUUGCAGAUAUAUGUAUAUGCUAAAAUAUAACUUGCAAAGAAGUUUCAACUAUGCUGUAAAGUUCGCCUUAAAAUUUCAAUUUUUUGAACAAUUGGGCUCAGUUUGCACUUUAUAUUUUAGCAGAUACAGUACCUUAGUCAUUAGGCUUUGCAUUUGUAUGUAGCAGUAUGUUUCUGUCCACUUUCUUAAUCUGAAACGUACGUUAAAUGAAGAUGGCAAUUUUUUUCUUGUAUAGUACUUGUAUUUUCUUUCGCUGAUGCAUCUCUGUCUCAAUUUUUAAACCUUUGCUGUUAAAUGCAAUACUUUAUAAAGAAUGAACAAAAUUACUGGAAGCAGUAUUGUAAGUAAUGAGGUCAUAUCAAUCAGUUUUAUCUUUUGAAAGGCACAGUCUAAAACAAAACCCUAAACUCGAUGCUGCAAUUAUGAAUCUAAUUCAUAUAUAAGAUAUAUUUAAAUAUAAAAGUAGCAAUACUGCAACUGGUGAUCACAAAGAUAAUGUUCUACUUCUGAUAGAAAUAAUUUCUCAACAAAUGUUGUUACUAUGCAUGUAUAUGGAUGGAAUAAAAUUCCAGAUCAUUGGAGAUGUUUGGCAGUAAUUUCUUUAAAUUUGUUUUAUUUUGUUUUUCAAGAAGUAUUUAGAGCUCACAAACCAUAAAGAAGGUCUUAGGAACAGAUUAACAUUGCCUCCACUUCAAGGGAAGCAAAGUGUUCAAAAAGAAAAUGAGUACAAAGGGUGCCUCCUCUUCGAGGGAGUCCUUGCUGACAGGUCACUAAUACAACUAAGGCUAAGACAACCUAGUGAACCGAAAUGUAAAAUGUGAAGGUCAGAAACCAGGAAGGCUCUUCCCUUUGUGGGAGCUAAGGAAGACAUCCUUCCCUGACAGUAACUCCAUAUGUCAAAAUCAGUGGAACAAUCUGCUUCAUAACACUUCUGGUAUGUUUCUUUAUGUCUUCAGUGGUCUUACAUGAAAAACAAUAACAUUCGUUUACCUAGAACAGCAGUUUGCUGCACUAAUUCCAUAUAGAAGUACUAUUCAAUGAUUUGUUAUAUUAAAGUCUGAACUAAUGCACAAUUAAUAUCCUUCACUUGGAACCAUUCAGUCUCCUGUACACUGUUUUCAUAAAACAGAUUGAUAUUAUAAAAGUGACCCAUUGAUGCAUUUUUCGUCCUACAGAUUUGAAAGCAAAACCAUGACCUGAAUAGUCACGUAACAGUUGUAUUUAGUUUCUAUAUCAGCCAGGGAAACAAUGCAGAAUCAAAUACAUAAGAGGAUGAUAUUUCAACUAAGCAGCCAGUUGGAGUCCAGUGUAAGAGUAUGCAAUACCGUGGACUUUCAGCAAGCCCAUCCCUGUGUAUUUUGAAACUGAAUUCAUCCUUUUUUAUUUGUAUAUGUAUGUGAACAGUUACCUGUGAUCCAGUACCAAAAAUAAUAAACACUUCUAAAACUA